AUGCACAUGAUGUGUUGUGGUGAUUGCUGUAAAUCGCAUGUCGUAAUCCGCGUUUGUCGUUUAGAAUGUCCGAAGGUGCACGGCAAGGUGACCCAGUUGCUGUGUCCGAGCCGAAGACGUCAUGGCUACCACGUGUGCAUAGACGAAACCGCGUUGUGCAAUGGUCGCCCCGACUGUCCGUACGGGGAAGACGAAGACGCUGUAAAUUGCCUUUUCUACAAAACGGUGAUUACUUUCUUUUCAUUUGUCGCGCCGACCGCCGGCCGGCUUGUGUUCACGGUUCAUUGCACGAUGCAAACUGACAGACUCGUACCUCCCGCACAGACCACGUUACGGUACUUUCGCCUGUCUAUCGACAAGGACUACGCUCGGCUCGGCUCGGCUCGGCUCGGCUCGGCUCGGCUCGGCUCGGCUCGGCUCGGCUCGGCUCGGCUC